AUGCCGCCGCCCGCGGAGCCGAAGCCGAAGCCCCCCUCCGCGUUCGCGAGGCUCAAGCGCGCCCUGCUGGCGCCGAUAUUCGGCAAGCCGCCGAACCCGCCCGCGUCCGUCGACGUCGUCGCGCGGUCUCGCGAGCUCCGCGUCUCGUGGCGACCCGGCGAGCGCACGUCGCCGCACAACGCGGACGAGUACGUCCUCGAGGUGUCGUCCGCGGAGCCGAGGGUGCCGUUCGCGGAGUUCUACCGAGGCGAGGCGUGCGCCUUCGUCGUGACGAGGCUCCAGCCCGAGCGACGCUUCGACGUUCGCGUGCGAUGCGUGAACCGAUCGGGGGCAUCGCGAUGGCGCGCGAUCGAGAACGUUCGCACCGCGCAGGUCCCCGUCGGGUGCGGCGGCGUCGGACCGACGACGCGUCCGGGAGAGACGUACGGUUGGGACCAGACCCCGACGACGGUGGAGCUUCGCGUCCCCGCGCCGGACGGGACGACGCCGAGGGACGUGCGCGUCGUCGUGAGGACGCGGCGGUUGGAGGUGUCGUGCGGCGGCGAAAUCGUCGUCGCGGGGGAGCUCUCCGGGGACGUCCUCUGCCAGGACGGGGACUACGAGUGGGAGCUUCGCGACGCGGGCGAGGGGGGGGACGGCGCGAAGGAGGUGUUCGUGACGCUAGAGAAGAGGGUCGCGGCGGAGAACGUGGACGAGAAGUAUCGACCGGAGGCGCAGUGGGCGAGCGUCUUCGCGGGCCGCGAGCACCCGCGGGUGGACCUGCUCGAGCUGCGGUGGCUUCGGGACGUCGACUACCGGCCGCCACAGGACGCGAGGAACGUCGAGGAGGUCGCCGCCGCGCUGCCGGGGAUGCGAAUAGACACGUCGAGGGAUAGUACGAGAGAGCGCGGGAGCGACGGCGACAUAGGGGACUGGGGGGGGAACUGGAGGAAGAGCUCCGCAUGA